GAACCCUCGGUUGUUAAAAUGUUUCUCUAUUUCAAAUGUUCUUGACAAGCAAAUUUAGUUCGCAAUAUAGUUUGAUGGUUUGUUUCUUUAUAUAUUGGUCUUUUGGCAAAGCCUCUUGGAAUUUGUGGUCCUAAAUGCUCUUCAACUUCGUAUUUCAGUUUACUUUUGUCUUUUAGUAAAAACAAUUUAAGCCUGGUAUCGAUGAUCAGUUUAUUCGUGCAUGUCAAUCAUAUUCGUUCAAUUGUAUAUUGAAUUGAAUUAGAAAAUAACAUUGAUGUCAAACCUUUUUUACCUGGACGAUAAUUUGCAAAGAAUAAAAUGAGUAGUACAUGUAACCACGAAAUUCAUCAAUUCUCAUGUUUUCAAUUUGCAGCAUUAGAAUGACCAAUAACAACAAAGAAUACGUUAAAAAGUCAUUAUUUUGUAUCUUAGUUCUUACUUUAAAUAAUAUAGUUUUUUUCAUUGUUAUCAUUUUUAUUAAUUGAUAUUUAUUUUUUAUGUCUAUAGAACAGCAAUUUCCGAUAUCUAACGAUGAGCAAGAUCCGGAUGGAAUAAUUGAUGGUGUUGGAGAUGUUUCUGGGGGACACCACUCGCUGGUAUAUAAAGAUGAUGGUUACAUUAAAGAGCUGGAAGAAGUUAUUGAAUGUGUUAAAGAUCAAACAUCACUUGUAUCGGAAGAUGACGAGGAAAGGAAAGGAAAGAAUGAUGCUAUUGAAGAUAUGACGUUGACUACAAAUAUCAAUAAAAUGCCAACGCAAGGAACACGGGUGGCAAAGACCAGCAACCGUAUACAAUUGAUUCUACAAAAGGAGAUUACAACUGGCGGAAGGGAAAUAAGAGGCUGUAGCAUGUCAAUAAAUGGCAACCUUUUCUUUACUGACUAUGAAUCAGUAAAAUUGCUGAAUAUUGCAGCAGAUGGUACUUUGAAAUAUAAGAUGUCAACAAAUUUUGAUGCGUUUGACUUUACAUUUGUCAAUGAAAAUACUGUCGCUAUAACAUCUGGGGAGUCAAAAAUGCACUCCGGUAUUGCAUUGAUAGACGUAGAGACUCGAAGUGAAAUAAAGUUCAUAACACUUCUUGGUCGUCCAUUUGGAAUCAACUGUGCUCAAGGCUCGCUGUUUGUCUGUGUUGAAAAAUUUGGUAUUUACGAACUUGAUACUAUUAAUUACGAUAAAUGUUGCGUUAUAAGAUGUUGCUUACCGUGGUAUUCUUACAUACAUGUUUCCUCCGACAGGAUUUACUACACCGACUAUACUGUUCACAGUGUAUAUUGUUGUGGUCGUAAAGGAUCCCACUUUUGGACUUUCAGAGAUGACUUUAUUCUAAAAUACCCAAGAGGCAUCACUGUAGUUAAUGAUGGUAACGUGUAUGUUGUUGGAGAAAAAUCGUCGAAUGUAGUCAUUAUAUCAAACGACGGUAAACAAAUUCUAACGAAAGAAGAAGGUCUCAAUGAACCAUCAUCAAUUUUUGUUAGUCAACAGAACGGGACACUACUUGUUGCAAAUAAACGAAACAAUGCUUUCCUUUACACCUUCAAGUAAUAAUGACUAAAAGGAGAUUGAGGAUAUCAUAUACACAUUCGUUUGCAGUCUUAUUUGAUAAAAAGAAUUAUAAUAACCGGACAAUUCCUUGUAGAAUUUGUUAGAAAUGUCCUUUGGAAUGUUUAGAAAUGUACAUAGAAACUAAAAUACAAGUUAUUCAUAAACCAGGCAUGUGUCAGGAAACAA